GGAUUUUUAAUGCCAAACAUCACGAAUUUUGGAGCUUAAUCUAACCAGUUCUGAUUGGACUUUGCUUCGUUCAUCAUUUGCUUUUGUCUUUCGAGAAUGGAUGCAUUGGGUGGUUGCGGCGGCAGCCACGGCGGGUGGUGGUGGAGCUGGCGCCGGAGAAGGCCCCGCCCAUUUCGUUCGCAGCAAAGACAAUCCAAAGCCUCCGGGUCUGUAGAGGCUGCCGGAAACGAUGGUCACCGGUUCCCCUUCAAGCAAGCGCUGACGGCGGGCUCUCUCGCUCUCACUGGAGACACCAUCGCUCAGCUGAGAGAGCGGUGGAUGAGAAGAAACAGUUCUCCCAAAAUUGAUUCUCUUUCUCAUUCUGACGAUUCCGUUAAUAAGGAUGUCAUGAGCACCCUUCUUUCAAACCAUGAUUGGCUUCGAGCACUCCGGAUGGCUUCCUAUGGGUUUCUUUUCUAUGGCCCUGGUUCUUAUGUGUGGUACCAGUACCUUGAUCGAUCUUUGCCAGCACAAACAGUGGAGAACCUAUUGCUGAAGGUACUGUUAAAUCAAAUUGUUCUUGGUCCUUCUGUGAUUGCUGUUGUAUUUGCAUGGAACAAUUUGUGGCAAGGGAAACUUUCACAGCUUCCAAAUAAGUACCAGAAAGAUGCCCUUCCCACACUUCUUUAUGGAUUUAGGUUCUGGAUUCCUGUCAGUGCAUUGAAUUUUUGGGUGGUUCCUCUUCAAGCUCGUGUAGCUUUUAUGUCCAUGGGUUCUAUAUUCUGGAAUUUCUUCUUAUCUUCAACCAUGAGCAAGUAGUGUCAACUGCUGAAAUGGUUAUCAAUGGCUUAAAUCUCUCUGCAAUUUUGAGCAUCAGAUUCCUCGCACCCAGGUCGAGAGAAGAUUGUGCGACCAGCAGCAGCAUUGGUUCAAACCUUUCUCUAGUUUCCUUACAUUUUCUAUGGAGCAGUCUCUUGAACAAAUGAAUGAAUGUUGAAAAAUUUUUGCAUUGGAAAAGGAGUAGCUUGAUCCAUUUUAGAUUUUUUAAGAACAGUUGGUUUGGAUGUAUAUAAUCUAGGAUACAAUAUUGGUUUAAUUCAUUCAAUGAAUGUAAUAUGAUGAAUGCAACUAGGCCAUUGAUUUGCAUUCUUGAAGUUGCUGCAAA